AUGUCCGGAAAGGCCAUACGCGGAAGCGCCUUUGCGUUUCUCGCUAUGGCGGUAGUCUCCCAUGCACUUACCAUGGAUGAAGAUGCAACGAACCAUCUCGUGGAUGCAGCAACAUCGGCUAUAGAUGGUGGCGAAGUCGCUAUCCUGAUUAGAGGCCCCCAUGGAAGAAACAUUAAAAGGGAAGAACUACUUCACGUGAAUGGCGCAGAAGAUAGUUCUAUCUCACUUUAUUAUUACAGGAAGAGUAAUAAGGUUUCUUUGGAGAGUCUCCACGGUGGCAGUUUGAGAUCGGUAUCAUGGGGUCUCGGUACUCAUGCCAGAACCACUCUUCUUCUGGUGGUGACAUCUGAUAGAGUCAAGUUGUUCGUGGGAUGUCACGCUCUCCACUCGCACGUCAUGCACAAUAAACAUGAUCUGCUAACAUUGCUAAGCAAUCAUAAGCUUAAACUUUACCAUGAAGAGAAUGCGCCGGUAGAAAUUUUCGGUGAUGAGCAAGCAGCUUUGGAUUCAUUAAACUGCAACCCCGAAAUAAGACCUCCUACAGUACUCUCCGAUGAUGACGUCGAAGAAGUGAAAGAUUUUGUAGAGAAAGAUGCUAGAAGAAAGAGAGAAGAAAUGCAGGGCGAUGAUGCUAGAGGUUAUAUUGACUAUAAUGGAAUAUUACCGACACCAGCUACACAACGGGGAGAUAUUCCGCCAAAUGCCAUCGAAACUUGCGAUGAUGAAGUGAUCCGACAUUUGCAGCAGUUGUCAGUCCGUAUCGAGCAGCUACACCGAGUGGUGGCUGAUCAGCGUGGCACUAUAGAAGCUCUGCGCGGUCAGCUGCGUCAAUGCUGCACCCGACCGCAGCCAGAGCGAUGCACCUCCUCUACCUGCUACCCGGGCGUGGAAUGCCGUAAUACCGCAUCAGGACCUGAAUGUGACUCCUGUCCGUCUGGAAUGACUGGUGACGGUAGACGGUGUCAAUCCAUCACUUGCAACCGGAAACCAUGUAGUAAAGGUGAAUACUGCACUGACACUGAUCGAGGUUACCGCUGCAGCAGGUGUCCGAACGGCCAGAGUAGCGACGGAGAGACCUGCAUCUCAGCAUGCAGUGCCAAUCCUUGUUUCGGAGGACGCGUAAGUUGUCAAGAUCUGCCCAACGGAAGCUACCAAUGCGGAGCAUGCCCGUCAGGUUACACCGGCAACGGUGAACAGUGCUACAAAAUUACAUGCAAUCAAAUUUCAUGUUAUCAAGGAGUGGAAUGUCAUGUGACUUCAUCUGGACCUCGCUGUGGGUCCUGUCCUCAAGGUUACUCCGGGGAUGGAAUACGGUGCCAACACGUAUGUGACACGCAUCGCCCCUGCAACAAUAGACCCUGCAGACCGAAGAACACUAGCCCCUUUUACGAAUGCGAAGGAUGCCCUAGGGGAUACGAAUGGAAUGGUUAUGCAUGCGUGGACAUGGACGAGUGCGAUCUGAUCAGGCCAUGUGAUGACUUGGUGUCGUGCCGGAACGAGGACGGUGGGUUCACGUGCGGGCCGUGUCCGGUGGGGUACGAAGGCGGACAAGGUUGGCGAGGCUCCGGACGGGAACCGAGGAGGGAGACAUGCGUCGACAUAGAUGAGUGCGCUGAAGGCAGGGCCAGUUGUCCACGUGGAAGAUUGUGCGUCAAUACACCAGGCUCGUAUAUAUGUGUGCCAUGCGGCGGCAACUACUACGUAAACACAACAAGGCCGUGCUUUGAUUUCGACGAGGCUGAAGCAUUGACUCAGCGCUGUGACCCCGCCUACUGUAAACGGUUCAACGCUGUUUGCAGCUACGGAUAUAAGUGCGUCUGUGCGACUGGUUACGCUGGAAAUGGUACAGUCUGUGGUCCCGACACUGAUCAUGAUGGCUAUCCUGAUCACAAGCUGAGUUGUUCUGAACCUCGCUGCAAUGCGGACAAUUGCCCUUUGGUUUCCAACUCUGGACAAGAAGAUGCGGACGGCGAUGGUCAAGGUGAUUCUUGCGAUCCUGAUGCUGAUGGUGAUGGAAUCCCUAAUCACCCGGAUAAUUGCCCCCUCGUGGCUAAUGCAGAUCAAUUAGAUAGAGACGAGGACCAGAGUGAUAAACGAGGGGAUGUGUGUGAUAACUGUCCAAAGAGAUAUAACCCUGAGCAGGAGGACACUGAUAAUGAUGGCAUGGGAGAUGCUUGCGACCCAGAUAUAGACAACGAUGGUAUACGCAAUGAGGAAGAUAACUGCCCACGAGUGUAUAAUCCCCGGCAAGAGGAUACUGAUGGUGAUCGUACAGGCGAUGUGUGUGACAACUGUCCCCGUGUACGUAAUCCCACGCAGGAUGACGCUGAUAGAGAUGGAGUAGGUGAUGCUUGCGAUAGCGACGUGGAUCGCGAUCAGGACGGUAUUCAAGAUGGCCUGGACAAUUGUCCUUACAUCCCUAACAGUGACCAACUGGACGUGGAUAACGAUGGCAAAGGAGACGCGUGUGAUGAUGACGAUGAUGGUGAUGGAAUCAAUGAUGAUGAGGAUAACUGUCCAAUCGUCGCUAAUAGAGACCAGAGAGACAGCAAUAGGGACGGUGUCGGUGAUGCUUGUGAUAAUGACAACGACGGUGAUAAGGUGAUCAAUGAAUUAGACAAUUGCCCCAAUAAUUCGCUGAUACAUCGCACCGAUUUCAGGAAAUAUAUGACAGUUCGACUAGACCCUGAAGGCGAGUCCCAACAAGACCCCAACUGGUCAGUGGCCAACGAAGGAGCGGAGAUUCUGCAGACCCUCAACUCAGACCCCGGUCUAGCUGUCGGUUUUGAGUACUUCGGCGGAGUAGACUUCGAGGGGACACUGUUCGUGGACACUCAGAUCGACGACGACUACGUCGGUUUCAUAUUUGGGUAUCAGAAUAACAAGCGAUUCUAUGUUGUGAUGUGGAAGAAGAAUCCUCAGACUUAUUGGCAGACGACGCCGUUCCGCGCGGUCGCUGAACCUGGUAUACAACUCAAACUAGUCAACUCUAAAACCGGUCCUGGGAAGACCCUCAGGAACGCCCUGUGGAACACAGAAUCUACACCAGAUCAGGUGACAUUACUAUGGAAGGAUCCUAGAAACGUAGGCUGGCGUGAGAAGACCGCUUACAGAUGGCGUUUACUGCAUCGCCCGAAGAUAGGCCUCAUUCGUCUUAAAAUAUACGAGAACACUCGUCUGGUAGCUGAUUCUGGAAAUAUUUACGAUACAACGCUCAAAGGCGGCCGGCUUGGCGUCUUCUGCUUCUCACAGGAGAUGAUCAUCUGGUCUAAUCUGGUCUACCGUUGUAAUGAUAAAAUUCCUUCAAACAUAAUAUCGGAAUUAUCACCACGCUUACUUAAAGAGAAGAAGCCCGAAAUAGACCACGAGUUCUAUUAUCAAUAG